UAGUGAUGGUUCUGUUCUGCUGCUGCUGAUUUCAUGGCAAAGUUUGCAAAUAACAAAUAAUCGAUACAAAUGAUAUACUUCCUCGUGAUAUAAUUCUGCCAGGGUAGUGUCAUGGACGACUAUGUGAAAAGGAAGUUACAAGAAUGGGUACUCAGUGAGUACAUUGACAACUUUAAAGGUCAACAAAUUUCAGAAACAAAUUUCAAGCUCCUACUUGGUGAAGAAAAAGCACAGGAGGCCUUGAUUCCAACUUGGGGACCAAGGCUUCUAUUCAAAAAGAAACUUGAAGAAUUAUGUAACAACCAGAUUGAGCCCUCAACCAGCAAGAUGCUAUCUCCCUGUGCUACCUUUACUCCAGGCAAAAGGAACACUGAUGAGGCUAAUCCACCAAUCGCCAAACGGCUUUGUGGCACUUCAUUGGGAAGAGCAGAUGGCUUGACAAAGGAAAAACAGAUCAUGAAACGGGUCAAAGGCAAACUCCAAAGCAAACCUGCCGAUCAGCAAAGUUCAUUGAAGUUCAAAGAAUUCCUUAGCCAUAAAAUCAAAGUGUUGGAGACUGACAAAAAAGAGGUAGUGGGUGUAUUUGGGAAGACUGGGGCUGGCAAAAGCUCUUUGAUUAACAGCAUCUUGGAUAAGGGAAAUUUACUGCCCUCUGGAGACGUCAGUGCAUGCACCUCAGUCAUGAUUCAGGUGGAGGCUAACAUGACCAGGGACGGAAAAUACACUGCAGAGAUUGAGUUCAUUACGCACGAGGAAUGGGAAGAGGAGCUUCAGUCCAUCUUAGCAGAGAGAAAAUCAGAAGAGGGAAAUGAUGACGAGAAGGAGGACAGUGGUGGCGACACAGAUGAAUAUGAUGAUGCUGAUAAGAUCUAUGCAUUGUACAGAGAAGAUGGAAAUGAGGCAUCUGUGAACAAUCUGAUGGACAGCAGGCACUUCAAAUCAAUUCCAGAGUUUCUCUUAGGAAAAAAGAAAGAAUUUAAAACAUCUCAGGCAGAAGAACUCUCUAGAGAACUUUGGUGCUACUUACGGAGUGACAUACUGAGUACCGAACAACAAUAUUGGCCGCUUGUGAAGUCUGUGACCAUCAAGAUACCAAAUGUCAAAGACCUUCUGGAGCACAUUGUGCUGAUUGAUCUUCCAGGCAAUGGAGACUGCAACAAGAGUAGAGAUGAGAUGUGGAAAUCGGUUGUUGGAAGAUGCACCACUGUGUGGAUUGUGAGUGAAAUUAAUCGACCAGUGUCAGAGAAGGAAGCUUGGGAGAUCUUAGACAGAAGCGUUAGCUACUUGGGACACGGUGGACAAUGUCGAAGCAUCAGUUUCAUCUGCACAAAAACAGACAACAUCGGUGUGGAUUAUGACAUGAAAAAAGAACGUGACAGUAUAUUGAGCAGAAAUAUGGUUGCCAAGAAAAAGGUGGAAGAGAAAUUCAACAAGCAAACAAAAAUCAAGGAACAAUUCAACAUUGACAAGGACUUUUUCCAAGUGUUUACUGUGAGUUCCAAGGAAUACCGGAAGAACAGUGCUUUACAGCCAGAAGACACAGAAAUACCCAAACUUCAGGAAUUUCUCAGAAAUCUCAAUGAUCGUCGCACAAAGACUUCAGAUUAUGUUUCUGGAGCCUAUGGGAUCCUCUCUCUGAUAGAAGGAGCCAAAAGCAGUGACAUGACAGACAGCAAAAAAGAGGUGUGCCAGGUUCUGGAACAGAGGCUCAAGGAUGAGAUCAAGUCCAUUGGUCAAACUAUGGAUGAGGCUUAUGAGAGUUUUGAACGAUGCCUCUCAGAAGGAGUUCGACAAGCAGUAGAAACAUGUGAGAAAAUUGCCAAGGAGAAAGUGAUAGAACCAAAAGGGAAAAAGGGCAGUGGGUACCAUAAGGUAUUGAAGUCCUUAUGCAAGAAUAACGGAGUUUACAAACCAAUCAGAAAAAAGGGAAAGAAAAGUCAAAGGGAAAGAAACCUUAAUGACAGUUUGGCCUCAUGUAUGAGAGAUCUCAGCAAUGAAACGUUCAAGAAAUAUUUCCCAAAUCAAGGCAAGGGCAGCUCAAUCAAUGAUUUGAUUGAUAACUUCACCCUUGACACAAACAGCUUGGUUGAGGCGCACCCAGAAGUGUCACUGCAUCUUACAUUCCUCAAGACGGAGGAAACCAAAUUGAAGGCAAAACUAACGAGGGACAUCCGUGAGAGGAAGAAAGAAAUCUACAACAUUCUCCCAAAGUCAAUCAGUGACACAAUGCGCCCAUGCUAUGAAAGGGCGGCACAGUAUACAGGACCAGACACUCUGGAGAGCAUGCGAAAGGAGCUGAGGAAUCACUUGAAGACAUUUAAGGAAGACAUGUUCCACAAGGCCAAGAAAGAGAUGCUGGAUCUCCUCAAAGAAAUGAAGAAACACAUCGUGGAGGAGCUGGAGCGUGAACUACAAGAAUCCAUGAGCCAGUCACUCAAGACGCCUGACAGCUUGCUCGUCCCAGAUGUCUCUGAGGAAUAUGAAGAGAUGAAGAAGUGCUAUGAGAAACUGCACAGCAGCACCAAUGCAGCAACAACAACUGCCUGAUCAAGAAAAGCCUGUCUAAGACCACAGUCAAGCUGGGAUUUGCAGGCUAAUUAGAUAAUCAUAAUAAGUUUUUGUCUCAAUAUAUUUUCACUUCUAUAUCAUAACCUAUUUGAUAUGCACCACAAACUAACCAAGCAGUACAGUAUGCCUGUAUUUUUUAUUUUACCUUUAUUUAACUAGGCAAGUCAGUUAAGAACAAAUUCUUAUUUUCAAUGAAGGCCUAGGAACAGUGGGUUAACUGUCUGUUCAGGGGCAGAACGAUAGAUUUGUACCUUGUCAGCUCGGGGAUUUGAACUUGCAACCUUUCGGUUACUAGUCCAACGCUCUAACCACUAGGCUACCCUGCCGCCCUAUGUUUAAUAUUAGUAUUGUAAAGGUUAUGGGUAGGAGUUACUGGGCUCCCGAGUGGCGCAGCGGUCUAAGGCACUGCAUCUCAGUGCAAAAGGUGGUUUGAAUCCUGGCCGUGAUUGGGAGUCCCAUAGGGCGGCACACAAUUGGCCCAGCGUCAUCCGGGUUUGGCCGGGGUAGGCCAUCAUUGUAAAUAAGAAUUUAUUCUUAAUGACUUGCCUAGUUAAAUAAAGGAAAAAUAUAUAUAUAUCCUGGAUAAUGAUAAACGUUUGGGUCAGCAUGUUAUUAAUCUUGUAUAUUUGCUAUACUCCAUGUUAAGAUAUGUACUUUUGUCACUUAGAAUGUAAACUUUAUUAUAGAGCAAUAUUUCUCUAACUUUGUACUGGAAAGCCGAUCGUUCUCAUGCCUGAGGAAUCACUUACCAGUCACCUGUCAGCAACAAAGAGCUGGUCCAUGAACUGAAUUUGAGAAAAGUUUAACACGGUUCUACUGGAAUUGUUUUGUAUUUUUUUACAUAAAUACUGUAGCCCUUUUCCAUGAAUAUGGAUAGGUACUGUAUCUUUGUGUGAUUUGUAACAAUGUAUGACAUUUUAUAUUGUAGAUGUAACUUAAUAAUACAUGUCUUUAGUCUGUACUAUAUUACUGGACUCUACAACAGCAUGGUGUGUUUUCUGCUGAUUAUUCACUUCUGCUCACUCAAUGUAAUCUCUAUCUCAGUUUGAAAUGUCAUGAUUUUUCCCGCAAUAAAAAUUACUGCCACGGAA